CCAUUUCUGAACUACUAUUGAGCACUCGCAAAGUAAAGAAACUCAAUUCACGUCCUUGCAUGUCUUGAUUUUGAUUGGAAAGGCUCUGAUGGAUUCAUCAAAUCAAGACACUCAUCCGCACAUUUCUGAUCAACUCAACAACCCUCUCCAAUUCACCAUUCAUGUUCCCGAUUCUUCAAGCCCUAGUGGAAAUGGUCUUCAAAACCCUAACUUGAAUCCGAAUUUUGGGGAAAACCCUGUUGCAGAUGCCAAAACAGUCCAUGAUCACUUCCGUUCGGUGCAAGUUCCUAAAGGAAAAAGGUGCGGUCGGCCCCGAAAUCCUGUGUCUUCUUUAAACCAGGUACGGAAGAUAUUCCCCAUGUCCUUUAAUAAUGGAUUGAGUAAUCUAGGGGUUUCGUCAGUAGCUUCUACUUCAGGACAGGUUAGCAAGACCCAGAUGGAAAAUUCAAGUAAUUUAAUCACGAAAAGACAUGGGUCUGGUUCAAAUUCUGGUAAUGUGCCCAAGAAAAUUGUGGAUGACAUGUCGGAUGAGAUAAUCGUGAUUAAUAAGGAGGCCACAGCUGAGGCCUUAAUUGCAUUAACGGCGGGGUUCCCAGCCGAUUCGCUUACCGAGGAGGAAAUAGAUUAUGGGGUCGUGUCUGUGGUAGGCGGAAUUGAGCAGGUUAAUUACAUCUUGAUUAGAAAUCAUAUAAUUACAAGGUGGCGUGAAAAUGUGUCAAACUGGGUAACAAAGGAGAUGUUUUUGGAUAUUGUUCCGAAGCAUUGUUGGGGACUUUUGGACACUGCUUACAGUUACUUGGUUUCACAUGGGUAUAUUAACUUUGGGGUAGCGUCUGCAAUAAAAGAGAGGACUUUGGUGGAACCGAAACAGUCGAGUGUGAUUGUAAUUGGGGCUGGGCUUGCAGGUUUGGCUGCUGCAAGGCAGUUGAUGGCUUUCGGGUUUAAGGUGACAGUUGUGGAGGGGAGGAAGCGUGCUGGAGGGAGAGUGUAUACAAAGAAGCUGGAAUACAAGAAUAGGUUUGCCGCUGUGGAUUUGGGAGGAAGUGUGUUAACAGGUACUUUGGGCAAUCCACUUGGGAUUUUGGCUCGGCAGUUGUCAUUUACACUUCAUAAGGUGAGAGAUAAGUGUCCCCUUUACCGAGUCGAUGGGAAACCGGUGGACCCUGAUUUGGAUCGGAGAGUGGAGACUUCUUUUAAUCAACUAUUGGAUAUAUUAAGUAAAAUCAGGCUGUCAAUGGGAGAGGUUUCGCAGGAUGUAUCUCUUGGGGCUGCAUUGGAGACAUUUCGCGAGGCCUUCAAUGAGGAGGAGAUGAAUUUGUUCAAUUGGCAUCUUGCAAACUUGGAAUAUGCUAAUGCAAGUUUGCUUUCAAAGCUUUCACUUGCAUUUUGGGAUCAAGAUGAUCCAUAUGAUAUGGGAGGGGACCACUGCUUCUUGCCUGGUGGAAAUGGAAGACUGGUGCAAGCAUUAGUGGAGAAUGUCCCUAUUCAUUAUGAGAAAACCGUCCAGUCGAUUCGUUAUGGUAGUGAUAGGGUGCAGGUUUCUGUUGAGGGGGGGCAGAUUUACGAGGGUGAUAUGGUUCUUUGCACAGUUCCUCUGGGUGUUCUGAAAAAUGGUUCUAUCAAGUUCAUCCCUGAGUUGCCUCAGAGGAAGCUUGAUGCUAUAAAUAGGUUGGGAUUUGGCUUGUUAAAUAAGGUUGCCUUGCUCUUUCCAUAUGCAUUUUGGGGAACUGAUCUUGAUACAUUUGGCCAUCUCUCUGAUCAUCCUAGCUACCGUGGGGAGUUCUUUCUCUUUUACAGCUAUGCAACUGUAGCUGGUGGUCCGCUUUUGAUUGCUUUAGUUGCAGGAGAAGCAGCUUACAGGUUUGAGAUCAUGGAUCCUACUGAAGCUGUGAGAAGGGUGCUUCGGAUUCUUAGAGGUAUUUAUGAACCACAAGGCAUUGAAGUCCCAGAUCCUGUCCAAACUGUCUGUACAAGAUGGGGCAGUGACCCCUUAAGUUGCGGGUCUUACUCUAAUGUUGCAGUUGGGGCAUCAGGAGAUGACUAUGACAUUUUAGCAGAAAAUGUGGGAGAUGGGAGACUCUUCUUUGCUGGUGAGGCUACAAAUAGGCGCUACCCAGCAACGAUGCAUGGUGCUUUGCUUAGUGGGUUCAGAGAAGCUGCCAACAUGGCUAAUUAUGCUAGAGUUAGAGCCUCGAAGUCAAAACUCGAGAAAAACCCAUCUCAAAAUGCACAUACUUGUGCUUCUAUUCUUGCAGAUUUAUUCAGGCAGCCUGAUCUGGAAUUUGGCAGCUUUGCUGUACUUUUUGGUAGAAAGAAUGCUGAUUCAAUGGCAAUUUUGAGGGUGACGUUUGGCGGACACCGAAAGAAGCCGGAUCAGCAAUAUUCUAAUAAGUUACUUUUUGAGCAGCUUCAAUCUCAUUUUAAUCAGCAACAAGAGUUUCAUGUUUAUACGCUGUUAUCUAAGGCACAAGCCCUUGAGCUGAGAGAGGUGAGAGGGGGUGAUGAGGGUCGGCUUAAUUAUCUCUGCGAGAAGGUUGGAGUGAAGCUGGUGGGUAGAAAGGGUUUGGGGCCAUCUGCAGAUUCUGUAAUUGCUUCAAUUAAGGCUCAGAGGAGCAGCCGCAGCCAGAAGUCUUCAUCAUCUGGUGUACCGAAGUCGAAAGCAGCUUCCGCGAAUCAAAAGCUAAUUAGAAAGGCUAAAAUUAUACGCAACUGCAGCAGAUCUUCCAUUCCAAGCACAAUUAUAGAAAGCAAAGUCGGCAGCAACGGUGUCAAUUUGGAGCCCAGAGCACUGGUCAGUAGUAACAGCUUGAGUCGUCCGGGUUCAGAUAUUGGGGUAAGAGUAUCUAGCAGUAACAGGGACGUGCCUCCUUCCAAUUCACAUAAUAGUGUCGUCUUUGUGAGUCAUAUUGGAUGUUCUAUUCCACAGAAUUUGGGCCAUGAUAAUGGCUCCACAUCUUCUUUUGGUCCUAAUGUUGCGUCAACAGCAUCAGACAGCAACAAAAGCCUGGCUCCUGUGGAUUCCAAUGUUGGUAUGACGACGCUCGGUAACAUGCCAAGUUCUUACCCUCAGAAGUUUCUCGCUAGCAGCUCGACUGCUGCAAGUUCAAAUAGUUUGGGGAACGCAUUAAGCAUUACCAACACCCAGUCUCUACCACAUGUAGAUGUUCAUAGGGAUUUGUUGGGUGAUACAAGUGGUUCUAAUACUCAGAACUUUGUUAGCAGAAAUGACUCAGCUGCUCCUCCAAGUUCUGAAAUGGGAGCUAUAACAGUGAGCAGUAAUAGCAACCAGGCACCCUCAAAUUCAAAUAUUGGUAGCUUUAAUAUUCAUACCCCUAUUGGGGACAUUUCUGAUAGUAUCAGUUGUAUAUCUAAUCAAGAAAAUAUAUUUGAAGAUAUAAUGAAUGAACUGCUUCCCCAAUCCGGCUCAAGCUCUGGUGCCUGGCAACUCACAGGAAAGCUGUAGGAAUCUGAAAUUGUAUGAAGGCUGUUUUUGUCUGAGACCAGCACAAUGACAUAUUUGGCCUCUCCAGAUUUGCUACGGCUUGGAUAGUGAAUGCAGUAGUUUAAGAUCAGAUGAAACUCAUCUGAUUAUGGCUAAGUCAAGGAGACCUCCAGAGAGUACUUAUGUGAAGCUGAUCAGACUGAAAUUUUUCGAGGAUUAAAUCUGGUUAUCCACGAGUUCAGUCUUACCCAUCCUGCUAAACAUCGUGCCAUCUGAAGAGUUAUUUAUGGCUUAUCUGAUAUCCGGAUCAUGUUCUUUAGCAGUUCUCUAUGGACUUAGCCAAUGAUCUGCACUUCUACUUGGGUGUACUUUUGUGAAUAGCUGGAAUUAUCAGCAGUGGUGAUGGGAUGGGGUUUUCAGUUUGGUUGCUUUCAUGAUCAAGAAGUAUCCAAACGGCUCGAUGUAUAGUGCCAUAGCUUGGCUGGAACUCAGAAAAUUUGGUGUGUGGUUCUUAAGUCUUCAGCGUAGACGAGCACACUUGUACAUAAUAGUUGUCAUCUAACCAUAUAUAAUAGCAUAGAUUUCAUGUAUAACUUUCUCCAAAGUUUUGUGUUUUACACCUUUAUUCAUUCGUCCCUCAUUUCAUGUCUUGGAAAGUGGACUUCUUGUCGCAUGAAAUGUCCCUGACAUUUGAUCUCCUCUGUUACAAGUUGCAAUCAGAUGGCUUCAUCCUUGCUCCUACUUGAGGCUGCAUCAUGCAGACUGCAUUCUUGAAUCUUCCCUGGCAAAUUUUGACUUGUAAUAUGAUUAGAUUAAAAGAUGGUUUAUCCCGAAUUUACUCAAUGUAUUUUCUUCUUGA